AUGGCAGUCCUGACAACUCUCCCAGAGGUCCUUGCAUUCUCUAUCUUCUUGCUACUGGCAUGGACUGCAGUUGAUGUCUAUGUGAUCAAGUAUGGCCCUAUCGCCGCCGCUAGGUCCCUGACCAAAGUCCACAACUGGUUCUAUGCUGCAGUCUCCCUUGUUAUGUUGGUUCAAAUCCUAAAUAACGAUGAUACCCAAGACAGCUUUACCAUCCGCUACAUCUUCCACCUUUCCAAGUUCUACGAAUCCCUCGACAUCCUCCUUGUCUGCGCCUCGGGGAGUCAGAUCAGCGGCCCACUCGCCUUCCACCACUUCACCACGCCCUACCUGACCUACCUGCGAUACGCGAGGCACCACGGCGGAUGGCGCCCCUUUGCUGCUCUGAACAACCUCCACCACCUGCUUGUGUACACAUUCUUCGCCCGCGGUAAAGAAGCAAGUGUACUUCUGAGAUCUGUUUUGCCAUGCACAGGCAUUUUGCAGCUGAUUGUGAGUGUUUGGGUUGAUGUGAUGUAUGGGCUGGACAAGUACUACGACGAGGGUGGGUCGGAGCCAUGGUGGCCGAACCUGGGUGCAUUGGCUCUUGUUGGAGGCUAUUUUGUGCUGUUCUUCCAGGGGUUUGGCUUUCGGGUUGGGCAGAAGAUGGUUCUGUUUGGGGGUGUUUUGGGGGUGUUUGUGAUAUUAAGGGCGUUGAUAGAGCGUGGACAGAGCAUUGCUGCCUGA